UGUUCUCGGCAUAAAACCUCAUCAACUCUUGAAAGCUGAAAGCCUCUCUCUCCUUUUUCUUCUCUUUCUUUUUCUCCAUUUGAGUGUUAGAUAAGAAGACCACACCAAACCAAACGCUUUCUCUCUCUCUCUCUCAACUUCCAAAGUCAUCAACCAUGAAGAAGCUUUACCGAAAAGGAACUGUUCACCCGUCACCGCCCAUCAUCUCCGACCAACUCUCCUUCCUUCCGGCCACCAUCCUCACCCUCACCGCCGCCCUCACGCCAGAAGACAGGGAAGUCCUCGCAUACCUCAUUUCCUGCUCAUCCUCCUCCAACAACCCCCGCCGCACCACCACCACCACUUCAAGGAGCAGCUCCGCCUCAGGCGGCGGUGACCAUGCUCCAGUCUUCAGCUGUAACUGCUUCCGUUGCUACAUGAGUUACUGGGUGAGAUGGGACGCUUCGCCGAAUCGCCAGCUUAUACACGAGAUCAUCGAUGCGUUUGAGGAGUGGUUAGCUCAGAAAGGAGGAAAGAAGCACCACAACAAUGGAGGAAGGAAAGACAAGAGGAACAAAAGAGGCUCCAAUAGCAAUAAGAUGCAACAGUCAGGCGAGUUGUUGAAUCGGAGCGAGUCAGUGCCGAGUUCUGAGAGUACUGAGUCGUCAUCGUCAACCGAUUUGGAAUCGGUGGUGGUGGCGGUGGAAAAUAGUAGCAACGAUAGUGAUGAAGAUGGUGAGAGGGUUGAAGAGGAUGAAAAGAGUUCAGUGAGAAGGUUCGUGAGUUUCAUUGGAGAAAGGAUUUGGGGCGCUUGGGGACAGUGAAUCAUCAACAACCAACAAAAAUAACAACAAAACCUCAACAACAAAGAGGAAAGGUGGGUUCAGAAUUUCACCUUCUCUUUUUUUUUUCUCCUUUCUUUUUUUUUCUCUUUCUGUACAUUAUUAUUAAUUACUCCUCCUGCUUCUAUGCAAUGUCUAAAAGAAGAAAUGUUAUUUCUCUCUUUGUUUUUUUGUAAUCCAAUGGAUUAAUUAGUUUUGUUAUAAAUUUAUAAUCAUCAAUCACAACAUACAUAUGUUAUGAGAUGUCAUCUCAUUUUGUUC